CCUUGCAAUUUUUAGGGGAGAUCGAUUUUCAUAUUUAGAGCAAAACCAUAACACAAGGAAUAUAGAGAUUUGGGUAACAAAAAAAAAGAUUAAAAUUGAGAAUGGAAAGGCUGUGGAGUGGAUGAACUUCAUGAAUGUGUCAGUUCCUAUAUGGUCGAGUUUAAAAGUCAUAAGCUACUCUCCGCCAAGUUACUUCAUCGACGAUAAAACCUUCAGUCUCGCAUUGUGUUGUUUUAACAAGGAGGGAAAGGCUUGCAUUUAUAUUGCCAAGGGAGAUAAGUUCCAUGAAAUUAAGAUAAACGCUUUGGUUGAGGACCAUACUCGUCAUUACCGUACCUAUGUUCCUAGUUUGGUCCCAGUUCCAACGUUCACGAUGAGCACCCAGCAGGUUGAGUCCCGCUUCACACCCCCUAGAGGAAUACAAGCGAGCGAUGGAGGAAACGAGUGGGACGACGGCAUCUUCCACAAUGUGAAGAAAAUAAAUGUAGGACUAAAUGAUUUAGACACGGUCUUUGUCAAGUUUCACUACUCCAAAUAUAACAUGACUGUAGCCGGAGCAGGUCAUGGAAAUGCGACCACCCAUAUUCCAGAGGACGAGAUUAUGAUCGCUGGAGGCGACUACAUCGAAGCUGUAGAGGGGACCUACACUGAAAGCCAUAUCACCUCCAUCACAUUUCGGAUGUACAAGGGAGGCAUGAUGCCACAGUACGGACGCUUGAACGGGAUGCCCUUCUCGCUUCGAGGAGAACGAGGCGAGAAGGUCAUCGGGUUUUAUGGAAGAAGCUCUGAUGUCCACCUCACUGCUCUCGGCGUCCACUUCUCUGCCCCUCCUCUAGCUUUUUCAUUUCGCCAAAAUGAUUUUGGUGCUGUCUUCGUCAAAUUUCACUACUCCAGAGAUAAUGCGAUAAUAGCCGGAGCCGGUCACGGGGAUCUGAUAAUGAUCCCUGACGAUGACUACAUUGAAGCCGUCGAGGGGACCUACAAUGAGAGCCACAUCACCUCCAUCACGUUCGGAAUGCACAAGAGAAUCACUAUGGUCUUUGGAGCGUCAAAGAUAAAAGCCAAAACAUGUUUUGAAGAAUACAAGCCCACCGGAGAUGAAACGACUGAUUUCCUUCUUUGUAGGGUUCCGGUUUACCCGUCACUGUGUUAUAAAAAGUGUCUAGAGACUAGAGAAGGCGCAAAGGGCGGAAAAUGUAUUUUCGAGAUAGACACUGAUAAAAGUAAAUGCUUUUGCAACUAUUGCUCCGACGAUCCCAAUCCACUCUACUUAACCAAACCAACCAGUGCUUAAUACUCAGCAAACCAUAUAUGCAGCUACUCCAUUUGCAACCGCAGAAUCCGAUAUUUUCAAACUUCUGAUCUCUCCUUUAAUAUGUAUGUUUCCGAGUUCAUGUUGCCAUAUUAGUAAAUAAAAAGAAUAUAUUAAA